UGAAUCCGCAGCUCGACUCGACAUCUCGGCGUCAAAUGAGGCAGCUCGGCGGAAUGAGGAGGCGGUGUUUGCUCGUCACACCGAAAGACUCCGGAGUCUCCAAGUUCAACCGACUCUCGUAACUUCCACACAUAGAGAGGGCGAGUCCGUUGGGCGAGGGAUAAAAGGACGGAGACAUGGAGGAGACCGGGGCCACCAGUGCGCACGGAGGCUUGGACGUUCCAAAGUUUGUCCGACGACCGCAAACCAUUGUGCGGCUACUGAGCUGGCUUUUUGCCAUUGUGGUUUUCGGUUGCAUCACCACAGAGGGAUACAUCAAUCCUGUCCACAGUCCUGAGCCAAAGUGCAUCUUCAACCAAAAUGACUCAGCAUGUCACUACGCUGUCACCAUCGGCGUGAUUGCUUUCCUCGCCUGCGUGUGCUUCCUCCUUUUGGAUGUUUACAUGCCUUUUAUGAGUAAUGCGAAGCAAAGGAGAUACGCUGUGAUGGCAGACCUUGGAUUCUCUGGGGCAUGGACCUUUCUGUGGUUUGUUUGCUUCUGCCUGUUGACCAGUCAAUGGGGUCGCACACAUGACGUCAGUGCAAUCCCCCAAGAUGCAGCACGUGCAACGGUGGCCUUUUCAUUCUUCUCCAUUGCUACCUGGGGAAUCCUAACCUUCUUCGCCUUGGGUCGUUUCCGUGACGGCGUCACCAUCCCAACCUCUACUGAGCAGCCUGCCGACAAGCGCAGCCCCUAUCCACCGACCUACGCCCCCACCUCCUACGACCCCACACCAUACACUCCCACCUCCUACGACCCCACGCCAUACACCCCCACCACCUAUAGCGGCUAUCCUACCAUACCGGACUUGAGCCAGCAGCCUGCCUUCACUCCAAACCUGCAGCCGACCCCUGGCUACCUGCCGCCUAAUUAAUAACGCCGAGGGCACCGGUACGGCCACAGGCAGCUGCUCCUGGCUGUGAGCAGAUCCAGCACGUCAGCCACGGAGCCUGGUUGCCAUUGAUCUUACGGCUUAUCUUGGGAUUUAACACUUCUGGAAUUGUGAAAGCUGCAAAGUGAAAGAACUGCAUGCAAGGUAAUAGAAGAGGGGGACUGGAGAUUACAGGAUGGUUGUCUGUGGUCUGUGAUCAGAUCUUGACAGCAGACUGAGCGCUGACAUUAGAUAUGUCUUUGGAUCAGCUGAUCCAUGUGCCAAGACAUAAUACUUACCUCAAACAGGCUGAUAGGAAAAUAGAUUGUACACAGGAUGUUUGAGAAAUUGUGACGCUGCUAAUUACAGUUUCUCUGGCAUUUGUACAGAUUUCUUGGUGAAAAUGUUGCAACUCAAUUGCUGUGAACCCUAACUUAUUGUCACCUUCAAUUAAUUGAAUUAUCUUUAUUGGCCAUAAACAACAGACCAGGUAUGAAGUAAAAGUUGUUGUGGCAAUAGUGGUGAUUCCACUAUUGUUUCUUCCGGUUAUUGUUUUGUGUUGAGAUUGUGUAGUUAAAUUCAUUUUGUCAAAAUCAUUUUGGAGGAAAUUUAUGGACCUUUUUAUACAGCUCAGCAUAUCUUCACCAGAAAAAAAUUAUUAAACAGUGAUGUAAUCACAUUCAGGUAUAUUAAGAUAAUGAAGGUGGGUUGGAGUUCUGAUAACAAUGCACACGUUGAACACAAAUAAGAGGAGUCCUUUUUGGAGCAUAAGAACAUUUUUUCUUCUUCCUGUGAACUCAUUGUGACAGACUCCUGAACACUCGACGAGGUUGUACUAGGAGCCUUCUCAGUGUGGGCUAACCGCCGCGCACAUUUGGAUUUGUGCCUCUCGCUAAUUGACUGUUCCUUUUUGCAACAUCUCGACUUCUACUUGGGUCUGUUUAGCUCUUUGAUAAACCUGGAGUUAAAUCUCAUUGAUAUUGUUGCAUUAUCUCUGACAAAGAAAUGAAAUCUUAAUAAUCAUGAAAACAUUGCUUUGUGCUUUGAGCAAUUUUACACAUUGUAGAAAAUAUAGCCGCACCCGCCAUUGGACUUCAAGUUGAUUUUUUUUUUUUUUUUUUUUUUUGGGGGGGGGGGUUGAAUAUUGGUUCCAUGAAAUUAUCAGGCCUCGGCAGCUGUGUGACAGAUCGAUUCGCUUUGUGUAGCUUUUGUAUGCUUGUAUGUACUGGAUGUUGAUUUUUUUGGAGUUCUUUUUAGCCAAAAAGCAUUUCAUCAAUUAUUUCUAACCUGCCAUAUUUUUAGUUGGUGUGAAUUUUAUGUGUUCAAUGUGUAUCUUACUGGAAAUUAUGUUAAAAGACUGUGACAAAUAUAUGUAAAUGAAUGGAAAAAAAAUGUUUAACCAUUUGAUAGAUCUGAAAUGGUUCCUUUUCCUCUGACACUGACUUGGACCUUGUUGAGAAAAAAAUGAUUAAUGAAAAUUUGUGAACAUGCCAAACUAGCAUUAAAAAAAUCAUCUA